AUGGCUUUUUCUUCUCUUUCUUCACCAAUCUUUCCUGAACAAAGGUAUGAGUUUGAAGACACAUAUGAUGUGUUUAUGAGUUUCAGAGGUGAUGACACCCUCAAUACAUUUGCUAGCUAUCUCUAUGGAGCUUUAUCUGCAAACCAGAUCUUGACUUCCAUAGAUCAUGAACUUGAUAGAGGCGAAGAAAUGUCCCCCAUACUUAGGAAAGCUAUCAAGGAAUCCAAGAUUUCGGUGAUCAUUUUCUCAGAAAACUAUGCUUCGUCCAUAAGAUGUCUGGAUGAGCUAUUGCAAAUACUUGAAUGUAGAAGAACAAAAGGACAGAUUGUUAUGCCAAUCUUUUACCAUAUAGAUCCAUCGAUGGUACAGAAUCAGAAGGCGAAUUAUGGAGUUGCAUUUGUUGAACUUGAACACCACUUUAAGGAUAUAAUGGAGAAGGUCCAAAAAUGGAAGGAUGCUUUAACAGAAGCAUCCAAUCUGCAUGGCUUCGAUUCAAAGGCUUUCAGGUUGCUAUAUGCAAGACAUGGAUCAAAUUAUUUGAGAAAGAAGCUUCAUUCAGAAUUAUUAAAUACUGAUCAAGCUAUUCUAAAGAUGGAUACCUCGUUUAUAGCAUCACCAUAUAUUUUUGACAAACUUCGCUAUAAAAAGGUGAAAAUGGGUCUAAGUGUUUUCAUUGAAAAGUCGUUAAUUGAAGAUGGUAAAUAUUGGAUAGACAAUAAGCUAUGGAUGCAUGAUUUGUUGAGACAAAUGGGUCAAAAAAUUGCUUGUGAUAGACAUACAGAACCUGGUGAUUACAGCAGACUGUGGGAUGCUAAGGAUGUUUGCCAUGUGUUGGAAAGAAAUACUGGAACUAUAGCAGUUAAAUUCAUAUCAUUUAACAUGUCUGGCAUGAUGAGAGAUAUAAAAGCGUGUCGCCUUGAUUCUUAUCUUUCUAAGAAACAAAAUUAUUUUCAUUGGGAUUUAUACCCUUUGAAAUCACUGCCAUCAAAUUUUACGCCUAAAAAUCUUGUUGAACUGAGACUACGUGGCAACCAUGUUGAAAAACUUUGGAAUCAUGAAGUUCAGCCAUUUUUCUGCAUCACCACAUUCUUUUCCGAUGUUGAGAAGGAUGGAUCUCAGUUAUUCCAAGUUCCUUAUAGAAUUACCAGAUUUGUCUCAACUGGCUCCCUGCCUGGAAAGUUUAAAUCUUGA